GAGUUGCUAGAAGGAAGAAAAUCAAACACGAGGCGGCCUGGAAUAAAAAUAUGCAGGCAAGAGUUCUCCGUCCGCAAGAUGAAGAUAGAACUUUUGCAAAGACUAGGCGAGCAUAAAGAUCUUAAAGUUGAAUCUGGAAAGUUGGAAUAGAAACAAAUCAAGUGGGUAUACGUUCACAAAGCCUUAAACUUCAUCGUAUGAUUACUACCCAGUGAUUCAGGUUCGAUUCGUUGGUCAAACAGUGCUCGUAAAUGGAUGCAAAUCCAGGGGCAUAUGUUGAAGAUUGGUCAACAGGGUUAUGGGAACAAGGAUGUUGGAGCCGCCAUCUUCUUGUACAGUAAAACGUCGGUGAAUCAACCGAUGUUAGUGCGGGAAUAAGACCCCACCUAUCCUUAACUGCAAGAAUCUUCGCCUGCCAUUGCCACAGACCAGAGCCAGAUCCUUCCAUUCGAAAACUCCCCACUGAUCGUUGUCGCCUCCUCAACGGAAAACCCACAAACCAGAUCGUCUCGUCUGGUCAGAUAUAUCUCUUGUAUUAUAAAUGGAGUCUCUGGAGGUGCAGAGCAGUUCCGAAACAGUCCAUAGAGAAGAAGUAUUGCAUGUCGAUUCAAGUGAGACGAACAAUAAUAAUAAAUAUACGAAGAAGAACAAGAAUAAGAGCAAGUUGUACGUGUGGAGAGGCGGUUGCUUCACAUCAGAGCGUGACUACCCUACUGCCCAUAAACCGUAUGAAGAUCGGACUCCGGAGACCGAGCCUGGCAUUGCCGGAGAGCAGAGCAGGCGGACUCACCUUGUCGUCAUGGUCCAUGGCAUAAUAGGGAGUGCUGGAAAUUGGAAAUUUGCAGCAAAGAAGUUUUUGGAGAGAUACCCCCAUGAUCUUAUUGUGCACUGCAGUGAGUGUAAUCGCUCAAUGUUGACUCUUGAUGGUGUUGACAUUAUGGGAGAGAGAUUAGCAGAAGAGGUUAAAUCCAUUGUGAAGUGUAGGCCAGACAUUCAAAAGAUCUCAUUUAUAGGUCACUCAUUAGGUGGUUUGGUCGCAAGAUAUGCUAUUGGGAGGCUUUAUGGACAGAUUUUGAAGAGGCAGACUUCUGAUGCAAAGGAUGCUGGCACAGCUGAUGAAUCUGGGAUUCCAUGCAUGGAAGAGAAAUUAAAGGAAAAGAUUGCUGAAUUGGAGCCCAUGAAUUUCAUUACUGUUGCAACACCACACCUUGGUACAAGAGGGAAUAAACAAGUCCCAUUAUUUUGCGGCCUUCAUAUUCUGGAAAAUAUGGCAUCUCGUGCAUCAUGGAUGAUUGGAAGAACUGGGAAACAUUUAUUCUUGACUGACAAUGAUGGUGCAAAGCUUCCUCUUCUUCUUCAAAUGGUUGGUGACUCUGGAGAUCUUCGAUUCAUGUCUGCAUUGCAAUCAUUCAAGCGCCGUGUUGCCUAUGCAAAUGCUUGCUAUGACCACAUUGUUGGGUGGAGUACAUCAUCAAUACGUCGCAGAGAUGAGCUCCCAAAGAGGAAGGAUCUAUUGAGGAAUGAAAAGUACCCACACAUUAUAAAUGUGGAAACACCUAAGGUUACUAGUCCUCAGCAAGAAGUCCUUUCAGAGGCAAAAGUCAAUGGAGAUAUCGCAACGGACAUGGAAGUGACAGAGAAAAUGAUCAGAGGUCUGACAAAAGUGGGUUGGGAACGGGUUGAUGUCAGCUUCAGCAGAAGUAAACAAAGGAUUCUUGCUCACAGUACAAUACAGGUAAAGACAUACUGCAUUAACUCUGAUGGUGCGGAUGUGAUUCUCCACAUGAUCGACAAUUUUCUCCUGUAACACGUGCCAACUAGAAUCUUAUUCAGAGAGAAGGAAAGACACACUGGGCAUUGUUUUUUCACUUGUAAGCAUAACUAGACUUCUCUGUAAAAAUGUUGGCCUCAAUUAAAUUCAGAAAGGAUGUUCCUAGAAUUAUUCAUCUCAUCACGUUGUGCAUUUUAGCUGAUAGAUAUGGCUCUAAGACAUGCAAGUUAAUAAAGAAAGAAGAAUGAGUCGACCAUUACGGACGUGAGUAUAGAAUUUGUAACUCUAAUGUUAAGUGUUAAUCGUUGAUCACUAUCAAUUGAUUGAAGUGAUUGGUUAGCAAGUGUUCCAUGAAUACAGAUUAAUUCUAUGGCU